GCGGGUCACUACUUUCUCUCGUCAUCAUUCUGCGACAUCUCUACUAAGCGCUAUAAAAACCACAACAUAAACUCCCAAACAAAUUAAACGUUGCUGAUUGCAUGUGGAUCGUAAAAAAUCGAUGUUGACACGUAGCCACACCAGGCCACCCUGCAUAGUGCUGUUCUUUGAGCGCGGUUGGGAUGGGCCAGCAGAUCUCAGGCCAGGCGGUGAUGACCCGUCUACCUGAGAAGCUGGUGAAGCAUGCUGGGCUGGUUCGCGACAGCGGCUAUCUCAACUACGAGGAGUUCCUGGCCAGGGUGGCAGAGCUCAAUGACGUGACGGCUAAGCUAGCAGCUGGACAGCAAAAACACCUGAUCUUUGAAGUCCAGACUGGCUCGGACACCUCUGCUCUGUGGAAAGUGGCUGUGAGGAUAGUCUGUACCAAGAUCAACAAAGAGAAUGGGAUGGUGGAGGCGUCUCGCAUCAUGAACCUGUAUCAGUUCAUCCAGCUGUACCAUGACAUCACCAGUCAGGCAGUGGAGGUGCUGUCAGCAGAGGGCGCCAGCCUCCCGUCAGGGGACUCCUGCCAGGCCAGCAUGUGGAUGGGCAGGGUGAAGCAGUUAACUGAUGAGGAGGAGUGCUGCAUCUGCAUGGAUGGUAAAUCUGACCUCAUUCUGCCCUGUGCUCACAGCUUCUGUCAAAAGUGCAUUGACAAGUGGAGUGGGCAGAGCAGGAAUUGUCCGAUAUGCCGCUUGCAAGUGACCGCUGCCAAUGAGUCGUGGGUGAUGCCUGAUGCCCCUACAGAGGACGACGUAGCUGGCUAUAUCCUCAACCUGGCUGACGAGGCAGGCCAUCCACACAUACCUUAAGCUACUCAACACUAAGACACUUUGAUUAACCACUGACAACCAAACUGACAUCAAGAAUAGUUCGGGGAAGGGUUUGGAGUUUUUCGUUUUGGGGGUAUGUAGAGAAGAUGGGUUGCUUUAUAGGAAUUUGCCGGUUGUGAUUAUUUCUUUUUGUUCUUUUCCAUAUUUCAAGAUUAUUUUUACAUGAUUGCUCUUAAACUUGUGUGUGUAUAUACAGUGCCUUCGAAAGGUAUUCAGCCCCCUUGACUUUUCCCACAUUUUUGUUACGUUACAGCCUUAUUCUAAAAUUGAUUGUGUGUAUAUAUUAUAUAUAUAUAUAAUUUUUUGUAUUUUUUUAAGUCCUCACCGAUCUGCACACAACUCUAAUGAAAACAGGUUUAUAAAUUUGAGGUGCCUAUAAUUGAAAAAAAAAUGAUAUCACAUUUACAUAAGUAUAAGACUCGAAAUUGAGCUCAGGUGCAUCUUGUUUCCAUUGAUCAUCCUUAAUGUUUCUACAACUUGAUUGGAGUCCAACCUGUGAUAGAUUAAAUUGAUUGGACAUGAUUUGGAAUGGCACACAUCUGUCUAUAUGCAUGUCAGAGCAAAAACCAAGCCAUGAGGUUGAAGGAAUUGCCUGUAGAGCUCCGAGACAGGAUUGUGUCGAGGCACAGAUCUGGGGAAGGGUACCAAGACAUUUAUGCAGUAUUGAAGGUCCCCAACAACACAUUGGCCCUCAUCCUUCUUAAAUGGAAGAAGUUUUGAACCACCAAAACUCCUAGAGCUGGCCAAACUGAGCAAUCGGGGGAGAAUGGCCUUGGUCAGGGAGGUGACCAAGAACUCGAUGGUCACUGACACUGCUCUAGAGUUCCUCUGUGGAGAUGGGAGAACCUUCCAGAAGGACAAACAUCUCUUCAGCACUCCACAAAUCAGGCCUUUAUGGUACAGGGGCCAGAUGAAGGCACAUGACAGCCCACUUUGAGUUUGCCAAAUGACACCUGAAAGACUCGAGACCAUGAAAAACAAGAUUGAACUCUUCGGCCUGAAUGCCAAUCGUCAUGUCUGGAGGAAAGCUGGCACCAUCCUUAUUGUGGUGGCAGCAUCAUGCUGUGGGGAUGUUUUUCAGUGGCAGGGACUGGGAAACUAGACCGGAUCGAGGGAAAGAUGAAUGGAGCAAAAUGUAAAGAUCCAUAUGAAAACCUGCUCAGGACCUCAGACUGGAGAGAAGGUUCACCUUCCAACAGGACAAUGACCCUAAACGCACAGCAAGACAAUGCCGGAGUCCCAAUGUCCUUAAGUGGCCCAGCCAGAGCCCGGACUUGAACCCGAUUGGACAUCUCUGGCGAGAGCUGGAAAUAGUUGUGCAGCAAUGCUCCCCAUCCAACCUGAAAGAGCUUGAGAGAAUCUGCAGAGAAGAAUGGGAGAAUCUCCCCAAAUACAGGUGUGCCUAGCUUGUCGCUUCAUACCCAAUAAGACUCAGGGAUGUAAUUGCUGCCAAAGGUGCUUCAACAAAGUACUGAGUAAAGGAUCUGACAACUUAUGUAAAUGUGACAUUUCAUUAUUUUUAGGAAUUAGCAAAAAUGUGAACUGUUUUUGCUUUGUCGUUUAUGGGUUAUGAUUUGGAAAGGCACACAGGACAAUGUUAUCAGUUUUAGAAUAAAGCUGUAACCUAACAAAAUGUGAAAUGUCUGAGUACUUUCUGAAGGCACUGUAUAUACAGUACCAGUCAAGUUUAGACACACCUACUCAUUCAAGGGUUUUCCUUUGUUUUUACAAAAAAAAAUUACAUUCAACUAUGACAACACAUGGAUUCAUGUAGUAACCAAAAAAGAAAUCAAAAUAGAUUUUAGAUUCUUCAAAGUAGCCACCCUUUGCCUUGACAGCUUUGCACACUCUUGGUGUUCUCUCAACCAGCUUCACCUGGAAUACUUUUCAAACAGUCUUGAAGGAGUUCCCACAUAUGCUGAGCACUUGUUGGCUGCUUUUCCUUCACUCUGUGGUCCAACUCAUCCCAAACCAUCUCAAUUGGGUGGAGGCCAGGUCAUCUUAUGCAGCAUUCCAUCACUCUCCUUCUUGGUCAAAUAGCCCUUACACAACCUGGAGGUGUGUUGGGUCAUUGUCCUGUUGAAAAACAAAUGAUAGUCCCACUAAGCGUAAACCAGAUGGGAUGGCGUAUCGCUGCAGAAUGCUGUGGUAGCCAUGCAGAUUACGUGUUUCUUGAAUUCAAAAUCAAUCCGUGUCACCAGCAAAGCACCAUCACACCACCUCCUCCAUGCUUUACGGUGGGAACCACAUGUGGAGAGCAUCUGUUUACAGAUUUCCACUGGUUUCAUGUCCAUUGCUCGUGUUUCUUGGUCCAAGCAAGUCUCUUCUUCAUAUUGGUGUCUUUGCAGCAAUUCAAACAUGAAGGCCUGAUUCCCGCAGUUUCCUCUGAACAGUUGAUGUUACUGUUACUCUGUGAAGCAUUUAUUUGGGCUGCAAUUUCUGAGGUGCACUUAACGCUAAUGAACUUAUCCUCUGCAGCAGAGGUAACUCUGUCUUCAUUCCCUGUGGCGGUCCUCAUGAGAGACGGUUUCAUCAUGGUGAGUGAUGGUUUUUGCGACUGCACUUGAAGAAACGUUCCAAGUUCUUUACAUUUUCCAAAAUUGACUGACCUUCAUGGCUUAAAGUAAUGAUGGACUGUCAUUUUCUCUUUGCUUAUUUGAGCUGUUCCUGCCAUAACAUGGACUUGGUCUUUUACCAAAUAGGGCGAUCUUCUGUAUACCACCCCUACCUUGUCACAACACAACUGAUUGGCUCAAACACAUUAAUAAGGAAAGAAAUUCCACAAAUGAACUUGCAUUCCAGGUGCAUUCCACCUCAUGAAGCUGGUUGAGAGAAUGCCAAGAGUGUGAAAAACCCUGGAAUGAGUAGGUGUGUCAACUUCUGACUGGGGGGUGUGUGUGUACACAAUCUCUCCACAAUAAUAUAUAAACCAAGCACAUUGUUUCGUUAAACCUACUCUUAUAAUUGCACUUUGAAUAGUAGAUGUUUUUAUAGGCACCUCGAACUGCUGUGGAAAUGUCCAUAAAUCACUAAUCACACAACUUCUGUACUUUUAUUUUAUUUUAAUUUUGAAAUCCUAUAACACACUGAAUGGUUUGCUAUUUGAUGAAAUGUGAAAAUUUAAGUACAAUAAUCUCAUGGAUGCUUCAGCCACGAUAAUCUUUAUAUUUUCUCCUCAAUGUUAGUUAGAUGAGGUGAUGUCUCCCCAAAAAUGUAGCUUUUAGUUUAAAUAUACAAAAAUGUCAUUGUUUAUCAAAAUAAUUUCUAUAUCAUGAGUACUUAAGCAAGGCCAGUGCAUUGGAUGUUUUAAAUAUUUAACUUUUUAUUACGUGUGAGGCUGAGUGAAUGUUAAAAUAGUACUACAUAAUAUAUUUGGAAUGUGUUAUUCCCAUUAGGGAACUGAAGAUUUGAGCUGUAUGUACUUUACUCAUGACUGGCUGGUACUAUACUGAACAAAAAUUUAAACGCAACAUGUGAAGCGUUGGUCCCAUGUUUCAUCAGUUUAAAUAAAAGACCCCAGAAAUUGUC